AUGGGUCUCAGUAUUGGUACGACUAUUGUUGGUUGGGACAAAAAUGGACCUGGUAUAUAUUAUGUUGAUACUGAUGGCAACAGAACCCCUGGAAACCUGUUUUCUGUGGGAUCGGGAAGUCCCUAUGCCUAUGGUGUUUUAGAUACUGGUUAUAACUAUGAAAUGAAUGACGAAGAUGCUUGUAAUUGGCCCGACCCGCCCAAUGCUAGUGUGAAAAACAUACAAAAUCCCGACACUGCUGUUGUCAAUUUAAUGGUACUUGCAGACACACAUCUCGUCGGAUAUGUUCUAGGUCACCCCAUUGACCGCAUUAGAAGGGAUUGGCAAAUGAAGCGUGCUUUCCAAGCUUCCUUAUAUUUACAUAAUCCUAAUGCCGUUAUAAUAUUAGGAGAUAUUUUGGAUGAAGGGAAAUGGGCUACAAAUGAUGAUUUCAGCUAUUUGGUGGGAAGAUUUCGCGAUAUUUUUCAUCAUGAUAAAACGAAAACAUUAGUUAAAACCGUUGUUGGGAAUCAUGAUAUUGGAUUUCAUUAUGCCACUAAUGAGUUUUUGAAUAAUCGAUUUCACCGGGAUGUUGGAGACAAUAUUUAUACACCGCCUAUUUAUCUGUGGUCCUUCUUUGGUAUCCAUUUCGUUAUUGCAAACAGUAUCGCUUUUGAAGGUGACAAUUGUGAUUUAUGUUUUGAAGCCAAUUUCAUAUUGAAAUCGAUCGCGAGAUAUCUUGAUUGUUUGAAGAUAUCUACUCCAUCUAAUACCAAGAGUUGUUAUUCCAAGGAACUUGGUAUGGGCCUUUCUGACAAAUUCCCAUACAUUGAUGUUGACCUUAAUGAUCCAUCUUCUUUCGUCUAUUCACGUCCGGCAACAAAACAAUUACUGGAAUCUCUUCGUCCACGACUAAUACUAUCUGGUCAUACACAUUACUCAUGUAAAAUGUCACAUCAAUUCGGUAACCAAUCGGAUUCUGCUGUGGAAUGGUCAGUUGCUAGCUUCUCUUGGAGAAAUCUCGCAAAUCCUGGAUUUCUAAUGCUUUCAAUAUCGUCCACAAAUUAUUCAGUAAAUAAAUGUUAUCUCCCAACUGAGUUGCGUUUAUUACAAAUUUAUAUUUCCGGUGUUCUACUCAUACUUUUUGUUGUCACGUAUCAAAAGUUAAUACCAUAUUUUGUUUAAAUCUUCUUUCCUAGGACAAUAUAGACAUAAUUCGAAACUAAUACAUUUUCUUAACUCUCAAUGUUUUUAAAAAUGUAUUUUCUUUAUUCCUUUUUUUAUCUUCAUGAUUGUUACACUGUUUUGAUGUAUUGUAUUGAUUUUCAUGCUCUUUUCUAUUCUAUAAGUAAC